UUUAUUAUAUUACAACAUAAUCGGGGGUUUAGGGCCAAUUUCUACGGCGACCCAGUGGGUAUCCGUACGAUAGGGUACGGCCACAACUGCAAUGCCCAGGGCUGCUCCACUAUUCACGCGCCGAUCACUAAAGCACAGGGCGAGGCACUAUUACACCAGGAUCUAGUGCAGUUUCAAAACUGUGUGGAGGCUCAAGUGCCAUUUGUUAAUGAUAAUCAAUUCGCUGCUUUGGUAUCGUUCACAUUCAACUUGGGCUGCGGUAACCUCCAGUCGUCUACCCUAUUGAAGGACGUUAAGGCCAAGAACUAUGCGGCCGCCGCUAAUGAGUUCGGCAAAUGGGUGUACGCGGGCGGACACAAGUUGCCUGGUUUGGUCACCAGACGUGCCCGCGAGAGGGCGCUCUUUCUUGCCUAAACACUUGCGAC